AUGACAGUGAACACUGAGCCCCCUAAAUCAUCGGUCAGCGAGCGCAGAGGCCAAACCCUAGCCCCGUUACAAACCAACUUCAGCCGCCCAAGUGCCCGGCCGACUGUGGUUGCAACUCGUCCUAAUCGGCCACGGCCGGAGGAAUAUCAGAAUGAUGCCGAGGCAGGCGAGCGCGUUCCAUUGCAGACCCCAGUCAAGCGGCAGUCCUCUAAAUCCGGCCUGCGUAGCAUCUUCAGCCGUGAAAAACUACCCCACAAAGAGAGCACCGACUCUAAGCUUUCUGAAAUCGAGGAAACGCAGGACCCUGCGGCACAGGCUGCCCCAGACCUUGCUGCCACGCUUUCACCAACACUAGCUACACCUAAAACAGCGUUCUCCACGCCGACAGUUGUGACUUCACCUAUAGCGGAUCCUCAUCGGUCCAAGCCCUCAAAAUCUCGCCAGAAAACUAACGAGGAUAAGCCAGCGGCGGGUGAGAUAGGCUGGAAACCUCCCCCGCUUUUUCAAGCCUACCCACAGGCAAUAAAACAUGAUAAUCUCCCGACCCCUUCUCUAUCUGCGGAAUCUAUUUUGCGGAUCCAGGCCACAUCUUCUGCGAAAAAAAGCAGCACUCCGAACGAAUCAUCCCAGGCAGACAAUCCAGCGGCUCGGAAGAAGGAGGCCAAAGAGAAGAAGAAGCACAUGCGCUCCUUGUCUGAGACUAUCGGCAAGACUGACUGGUCUCCAAAGAUUUAUGUAUUGGUCACAACCGGCUAUAUCUUGCAGUAUUCUGGUAGCGGAAAGUAUGAUAGGCUGCCGGAGAAGAUGUUGCAGCUAGGUCCCAAGUCUGUAGCAUUCGCGAGCGAUGCGAUCCCGGGCAAGCAUUGGGUUUUGCAAAUUUCCCAAUUGAACGAUGAAAAUAACGCUGCCUCAACUGACACGCAUCGGCAUCUAUUCUCCCGCUUUGGUUUCCACCGUUCCCAUGCUCGCCGUUUAACCCGGAGUCUUCUUCUAGUUUUUAACACCCCGGAAGAGAUGAGUUCAUGGCUCCUAGCUGUCAGGGCUCAGAUCGAGGCGCGUGGAGGGAAGAAGUAUGUCUCGGAGAAAGCGGUCGACGAUGACACGGAGCAUCAACUGGAGUCUAAACCUAGCACCCGACAGUUGGUAAAGAAGGACCCUAACCGGUUCUCCCAAGCAUAUCUACAUCCUCAGGCAGUGAUUGGUGUUGAUGAUAAAGAUUUCAGUGAUCAAUCUCGCCGAAGCUCAUAUAUCUCAUUUAAUCGACGGUCGCUGGUUACGCAGGCGACUCCCGAGUCGCGCUCCGAAUCGAUGUCCACGACACAAACGGAGGUGACUUCUCCAGUCAGUGGCCAGACGCGUUUCUACUCUAUGGGAAUGAAGCCCGAAGCAAACGGGGCUAGUCCACCUCCAAAUGGCAGCGCUAUUUCAACGGCCCUUUCUACGCCAGAUGCCCCGCCCAGAAGCCCAACAUUCUCGGUCUCGAUGAAGCGAGAGUCAGUGUACCCGUCGAAUGCACCAGUAAUAGCAGAAACUUCAGACCUUUCCCAGCCUCAACAAACGGUGCCUGAUCCCAUUUUGCGAAGCGCUUCGCCUCCAGCCCCGAAUUUCAGUGUUCCAUCUUUCAGCAAGAGAUUCACAGCGAGAAUGGGGCAAGGUCAGAUGCAGAUUCCUCGGUUUCCCUCCGCUCACAGAGACGAAACCGACACAGACGAGGCUAACGCUAUAUCUGCCUUCCCGUCUCCACCGCAGUCUCCGAUCAAGAGCAUCAGCAGUGUCGCAAUGAGCGAAUCACAUGAACAAGUCGUACCUUUCCGUGAUUCCCCGCAGAGGAGGUCUUUACGCAUAUCCAAUUCUGAGGAUUCGCUCGGAGAUUCUAGAAUUAUGGACCCAAAACUGCAGCAUGCUUUGCGCAUUUCAAAGGCCGCCGCCGCCGCCACCGCAACAUCAACUCUCGCGCAAUCCUCGCGACCCACUAGCAUUAUCGAGCACGAGCCUGCCCAUUCCCAAAUCCCACAAUCGCUCCCGGAGACCGGCUAUCAAACGUCUCGUCGGGAACAGCAACGCCACAGAGUCUCUGUUUUUCCCACAGCCACGCCAAAUCGUCCUUCCACUGGACCCAUGCUCCGUCGCAAGAGUAUGCCUGGACUUUCAGUUGGACCGCCAGCAUUACCUCCUCCUGACUGUCCUUUACCUAAGAUUCCUUCUCCAAUUGAGCCAUCGCUUCCUGAGAUAGCUGAGCAAUUUCCGGACCCGCGUGUGUGCAUAUCACCGCCACCAUCGAAAGGCAGCCGACUGCGUCGGAAAAGCCUGGCCAGUGCCGCACCUCGUCCUACUCACAUGCCUCUUCCACAAGCAACACAAAGUCUUGGUUCUCGACAUCCACGGACCAUCAAUGGUAUAUAA